AUGUUCCACGAAGCCACACAGCACGGCGCUGCGGCGCUGUGCCAUGCCAUGGCGGCAUCGAGGCCCAUGAAGAACAUCCAGAUCCAGAUCUCAUGGGAAGUGGAUGCUUGGGCUCGAGGUGAGUGCCAGGCAGCUUCCUUCGAAGCUUGGCUGCAUGGAAGGAGUGUGCAGAUGAAGCCUCUUACCGUGGAGUGUCACGAGGGCCGGAUCCCGACAGACACUGCAGAACAUUCGGACAGGCCUCCUCGGCUCCUGUUGCGGCUCCUGCAAAAGGGGGUUGCCGUGGCGGAAGUGCAGCUGGAUCCCGCUUUGACUGUCCAGGAGGUGAAGGAAGGGCUGGCCGAAAAGCUUGGAACAGCUCCGCAGGAUCAGCGUUUUUUUUGGCGCAUGCGGUGCUUACCAGCUUCCUGUCUGCAAGACAAUAGGCAUAACAUCUCCUUGAUCCCUGAGAUCUCGCACCGCGCGACAGGAGUGCCUCCUAUCUGCGCAAGACGAGGCAUGAACAUGGUACCAUCAGGGCCAAGUUUGCCUUGGAAGCCCUCAAAGUUCUCCAAGAUCAGACACGAGGACCUUCAGCUCUACUUUGGCGAUGUGGCACCUUUGGCUCCUUUGGAGCUGGAAGAUGCACCGGGACCGGUGAAGCAAGGGCCAGCCAAGGUGCCCAAGGUGCAAUGCCAAAAGGAGAGAGCUAGUUUGGUCAACAGACCUGUGGUGAAGCCCAAGAGUCCAUGGGAUGGGGUCACCACUGAGAACAUCUUCAAGCGGCUACAUCCAGUGGUCCAAGACAUGAUUUACCAGACUCCAUCCAUGAAGAAGGAGUGGGAGAAGACCAUGAAUACCGCCAUGCUGGAAAGCAAAAAGAAAAGCAUUGCGGAGCAGCAAAAUUUGAAAGAUACGCUGGAGGACAAUCUGAAGCAAAUGAAUGCAAUCUAUGACUCCAAUCCAAACAUCCUACAGGAUUUUCAUUCAGCUCUUCAGAACGGAUCCGGGCCACGUUUGCGACAGUCGGCAUUCUUGGAGGAUUCUGCCAAAGGUACCAAGACUGGUGGUCCAUGGGAUGACGUCACCACAGAGAACUUGUUCAAACGCUUGCAUCCCGUGGUCCGGGAUAUGAUGGAAAAGAUGCCCGGUGUGAAGAGAGAGUGGGAAAAAACGAUAAAUACUGCCUUGAUUCAGAGCAAGCAGAAGCCGGUGAGCGAGCAGCAAGAGCUGCGCGAUGCCAUGGAACAGAAUCUGAAGCAGAUGAAUGCCAUAUAUGAUGCCAACCCUCGUAUUUUGGAAGAUGUUCACAGAGCGGUGCAAGGAGGCUCCGGGAGUGAUUUCCUUUGA